AUGGCCGCACGUCCCUCGAUCUCGAAGAAGGCAUCAGUUUCCAUCGGAAAUAGAUUGCCGACCAGCGCGGUAACGGCGCGCUGUCAAUCCAAAGACAACGACAUCGGUAGACACGACAUUGCCGUCGGCGACAGCAUUGCUUGGAGUUUCGGAGACGUCUUUACGUACGAAACGCUGUUCUGGUGCGAUCUGAACGCCACUGAUUAUGGGAUUCUUUCUUUCGACGCUUACAGAGGUAACGACGCCGAAUUUUACGACUAUCAUCUCCAUUGGUUCGUCGAGAAAGAUGGAGUUCAUGUGGGGAACCUGAUCGCCAUCGGAGGCAAUCUGGAAGAACAUGGCUUCUCGAAUCCUUGCCUCGGACUCUGCUCUGGCUUCCUCGUAUUUGAUGUCCAGCCUCCCGCCGGCGAAAUCACGCCUGGAGACAGCCGAGAGGCCGACCUAGUUGAGGAAAGCUCGGAACCAGCGGGGAGUCUGUUGCACAAAUUCGAGGAGGAGGAGAUGCCCGAGAGGUUGAUCGGCGUCGUGAGGGUUUGUCAGAUGGAGAUGUCGUCGGCCGCAAUUGGGGAGACGGCGACGGCGACGAUGGUUGGGCGUGGGAUAGGGUUGGCGAAGGUCAAUGACGAAGAUUGA